GCCCGCCUGCCAGGACCUGAGCCGGGUGUUUUAUUCUGCGAGGCUGUGACCUGCGUGAAGCCCGCCUGCCGGGACCUGAGCCGGGUGUUUUAUUCUGCGAGGCUGUGACCUGCGUGAAGCCCGCCUGCCGGGACCUGAGCCGGGUGUUUUAUUCUGCGAGGUUGUGACCUGCGUGAAGCCCGCCUGCCGGGACCUUAGCCGGGUGUCUCUGCGAGGCUGCAGCCUGCGUGAAGCCCGCCUGCCGGGACCUGAGCCGGGUGUUUUAUUCUGCGAGGUUGUGACCUGCGUGAAGCCUGCCUGCCAGGACCUGAGCCGGGUGUUUUAUUCUGCGAGGCUGUGACCUGCGUGAAGCCCGCCUUCCGGGACCUGAGCCGGGUGUUUUAUUCUGCGAGGUUGUGACCUGCGUGAAGCCCGCCUGCCGGGACCUUAGCCGGGUGUCUCUGCGAGGCUGUGACCUGCGUGAAGCCCGCCUUCCGGGACCUGAGCCGGGUGUUUCUGCGAGGCUGCGACCUGUGUGAAGCCCGCCUGCCGGGACCUUAGCCGGGUGUCUCUGCGAAGCUGUGACCUGCGUGAAGCCUGCCUGCCGGGACCUGAGCCGGGUGUUUCUGCGAGGCUGCGACCUGCGUGAAGCCUGCCUGCCGGGACCUGAGCCGGGUGUUUCUGCGAGGCUGCGACCUGCGUGAAGCCCGCCUGCCGGGACCUGAGCCGGGUGUUUCUGAGAGGCUGCGGCCUGCGUGAAGCCUGCCUGCCGGGACCUGAGCCGGGUGUUUCUGCGAGGCUGCGGCCUGCGUGAAGCCUGCCUGCCGGGACCUGAGCCGGGUGUUUCUGCGAGGCUGCGGCCUGCGUGAAGCCCGCCUGCCGGGACCUGAGCCGGGUCUGUCUGCAAGGCAGCGGCCUGCGUGAAGCCCACCUGCCGGGACCUGAGCCGGGUGUGUCUGCAAGGCAGCGGCCUGCGUGAAGCCCACCUGCCGGGACCUGAGCCGGGUCUGUCUGCAAGGCAGCGGCCUGUGUGAAGCCCGCCUGCCGGGACCUGAGCCGGGUGUGUCUGCAAGGCAGCGGCCUGCGUGAAGCCCGCCUGCCGGGACCUGAGCCGGGUCUGUCUGCAAGGCAGCGGCCUGUCUGAGUCCCGCUUGCUGGGCCCUGAACUGAGUGUUUCCGUGACCCCCCCCGUCCACCACUCACUUACCUGCUUUCAGAUAGCUAAACGCUUCAUGCUAGAUCACUCACGUUUUUAUUGCCAGCUACUGGUUUUGCGCAUCUUUGCUCUCAGGAGCAUCUUGAUCAGGCUAUGGUAGGGUCAGUGUAGGUCGGAAGACAAAGAGGUGUGUCUCUGCGUCUGUCAGAGAAAAGUUCUGUCUCAGAGUGUCUUUAGCAUUCACUGCCUUCACUUUACUGAAAGAACAAUGCUUGCUUUUCUGCCUGUGUUUUUGAUGUGAUAAUUGAUCUUUUUUUUUCAUUUUGUGCUCAUUCAGGUCCUGUCUUUUUCUAAACCAGACUGUUUUUGCAGCUAUUUUGGAAUCGGUCAUUAACAUAUGUGCGCCAGCCAUAUUCGCAGCUCCUGUGCCCCUUGGCUCUGCCUGCUAAUUUCAGCAUCACUGAGCUGCUGUCGUUUCCCGGCUGCGCCUGUAGCGUAGCUGUUGGCGAGCUGUUUACAUGCCACUGUAACUGUUUCAGCAGCCAGCUCUCUGUAUAGGGCAUGAUUUGGGUCUAUGGUAGGGGCACCGGGCUGGCAGUGACAACCCCCCCCCAGCCCCGCAGAGCCAUGUAAAAAGGACCAUGGUGCCCCCUCACCUGCCAUGUGCUGGGAGGGGGGGUACAUAGGAGUGACUCCUUCAUGUUUGGGUAGGGGAUCAGAAUAAGCAACAAAUCACCCUGUGGUUUUCCCAAGGCUCCAUAACUGAGUCCAGCUAUAUGGAGGAAGGUUUCUCAAUCAUGGAGGGGGGGGCAGCCGUAUCUGUAUGAUGAGUGGCGGCUUUGAGGAAGCCAGAUCACCUACUCUCCCCUCACUCUCCUUGUCUAUCUCCCUUUUUUACCUCACUUUUGCUCUUUCUCCAUGUCUCCCUCUCUCUUCCCUGCUUCCCUAUCCUCUCUCUCCCUCUUUCUCCAUGUCUCCCUCUCUCUUCCCUGUUCCCCUCUCCUCUCUCUCCCUCUUCUUCUAUUUCUCUCUCUCUUCCCUGCUCCCCCUCCUCUCUCUCCCUCUUUCUCCAUGUCUCUCUCUCUCUUCCCUGCUCCCCUCUCCUCUCUCUCCCUCUUCUUCUAUUUCUCUCUCUUCCCUGCUCCCCUCUCCUCUCUCUCCCUCUUUCUCCAUGUCUCUCUCUCUCUUCCCUGCUCCCCUCUCUCCCUCUUCUUCUAUUUCUCCCUCUUCCCUGCUCCCCUCUCCUCUCUCUCCCUCUUCUUCUAUUUCUGUCUCUCUUCCCUGCUUCCCUCUCCUCUCUCUCCCUCUUUCUCCAUGUCUCCCUCUCUCUUCCCUGCUCCCCUCUCCUCUCUCUCCCUCUUCUUCUAUUUCUCCCUCUUCCCUGCUCCCCUCCCCGCUCUCUCUCAGAGUUUCUGGCAGGAACCACAUUUCAGCAUAAAUAUUCAAAGCCAGAAUGAAAGCUAAAAACAGCAGUGUGAGGACAGGAAAACACUAAAAUCAUGUCCUGUUAAGUCUCUCUUCUCCUCUCCACCCAUUUCUCUCCCAAAUUAAACAAGUGCUUCAUUAACAUGAAAAGCAAUGGCAUUUUGAAAAUGAUCUGAAAAAUGAUUACCUUUGAAAACAGAUGAAUGAUAAAUCGCCUUAUUUGUCCUUCUUUGGCCUGAAUGAGCAGAUGUGGCCACUGGCCUCUGGGCCUCUUCAUCUAGACCCCCCCUUAUUUGUCUGCUUUCAUACAGGGUGCAUUAACCACGGUCAGGAGCACCCCCCCCCCCCCCCCAUCCCAUGUCUUUUCCGGGCCUCUACGCCCCAACGGGCCAGAUCUGUCUGUGAUCAUGUCAGCCUCGUCGAUUUAUUUUCAUACACAGAAAGUUUUGGACUUCUGUGAAGUUUCCCGAACCACCGAAGGCGUGUUUUAAUGGAUAUUUCCGGAAGCAGGUGCUGGUGUGAUGGCGCCCCGCCAGGCUUCGCUGACAUUUCAUGCCUGUUUUCGCUUUUGCACAUCAGCACGCUGCUGGGGAAUUUCCUGCUGGAUGUCAGAUUUUUGAGGCAUCUUGUGUCGGCAGCAACAGUUUAAUGCAUAGGUGACCCCAGUCUAAUGUCUAUGGCCCUGGCAGACAUUAGGGCCCCACCCCACCCCAGAAAAAGAGAAUGGAUAGUCAAGUCGGUAUCACCUGAGAGUCCAUGCUGAUGUCAGUCUAGGGCCCCUGGAUAAGUUAAUCCGCCCGUGAGUGUAGGAUCCAUACACCCUUUAUCAUUGAUUCACCCAGCUUGUGUUUUUAAGUCUUUUUCUUACAUUUCUGUGUUCCUCGUGCCCUUUUUCACGUUUCCGUGUUCCUCGCGCCUACUUUCCGUUCUUUGUUCCUCAUGCUUUUUUUGUUACUGUGUCCCUCACGCCUUCUUUCUGUUUUUCAUUCCUCACACCUUUUUCACAUUUCUGUGUUCCAUAAGCUGCCUUUCUUCUUUUGUUCCUCAUGCCUUUUUUGUUACUGCCUUCCUCACGCCAUCUGUGUUCUUUGUUCCUCAUAUCUUUUUUACAUUUCUCUGUUCUCACACCUUUUUUAUGUUACUAUGUUCCUCACACCUAUUUCUCUUCUCUGUGUUCAUCACACCUUUUCAUUUUUUGUUCCUCGUGCCUUUUUUUCUUAUUGUGUUCCUCACACCUUCAUUACAUUUCUGUGUUCCUCACACCUUCAUUACAUUUCUGUGUUCCUCACGCCUUCAUUACGGUUCUGUGUUCCUCACGCCUUCAUUACGUUUCUGUGUUCCUCACGCCUUCAUUACGUUUCUCUGUUCCUCACGCCUUCAUUACAUUUCUGUGUUCCUCACGCUUUCAUUACGUUUCUCUGUUCCUCACGCCUUCAUUACGUUUCUCUGUUCCUCACGCCUUCAUUAUGUUGCUGUGUUCCUCACACCUUCAUUACAUUUCUGUGUUCCUCACACCUUCAUUACAUUUCUCUGUUCCUCACGCCUUCAUUACAUUUCUGUGUUCCUCACACCUUCAUUACAUUUCUGUGUUCCUCACACCUUCAUUACAUUUCUGUGUUCCUCACGCCUUCAUUACGGUUCUGUAUUCCGCAUGACUACUUUUACAUUUCUCUGUUCCUCACGCCUUCGUUUAAUUUCUCUGUUCCUCACCCUUUCAUUACGGUUCUGUGUUCCUCACACCUUCAUUACGGUUCUGUGUUCCUCAUGCCUUCUUUACAUUUCUGUGCCCCUCCUUCUUUUGUUUAACAUCCCCAGUGUCCUGCAGCCAGAGGCGGGCAAGAAAUCUAAAUACAAGACAUCAGUGAAGAAGAAGACCCUUAACCCGGAGUUCAAUGAGGAGUUUUUUUAUGAAGUUCCUCAUGACCAGCUGGCCAAGAAGACGCUGGAGAUCUCCGUGUGGGACUACGACCUGGGGAUGAGUAACGACUUCAUUGGGGGGGUGGAGCUGGGUAUCAACGCCAAGGGGGAGAGGCUGAGGCACUGGUUUGAGUGUCUGAAACACAUAGGGAAGAAAGUAGAGUACUGGCACACACUGACACAGCAGGGUCAGCCGAGCAGCGACUGACACACUCACUGACACACACACAGACUGACAUACUCACUCACACACACAGAGGCUGACACACUCACUCACCCACUCACACACAGAUACACAUGCACAGUGACACACACAGACAUAAAAGGACAAACAAGCACACACACACACACACACACACACACACACACUGACACUGUUAAGAUAAAUAAGAUAGUAAUAAUGAAUGAAUCAUUAUAACCAUAAUUAUGGAUUUAUGAAUUCAUACAUUUCACAGUUGAUAUAAAAAGCCACUGUGCAGGUACUGCAAUAAUGUCAUAAAACCGAUAAUAGUGAUGAUUAUAACAGUAAUAAUAACAGAGACCCCUGCCGCCCAUUCGCCGCUCCUUGGAGGUUCCCUCUGUGAACUCAUCACCACAGCGACAUUCUGGAUGUGGUGGAUGUGCUUGCUGGGUUCCCGUCCCGUCAGUCAGCAUCACGACGUCAUCUGUCCCAUGUGAGACCUGGAACUGCCCUGUGUUGGUCUUGGUCCUCGUCAAUACAAAGCAAUCCUGAGUAGCACAGACAAAAGCACAAGACCGCUCCGUGUUCGUCAGUGUAGCCCAGUGUCUCCCCCCAGUGGUGCGUGGCUGUACGUGUACGUGUUGCUAUGUGAACUGACUCCUGUGCUCUCAGCUGCCCUCCUCCCCCAGGCAGACCUGCACGGAGCGAGCAGCUGGAGCGGGGGUACGUCUGCUGACAUCGCACUGAUGCGGGGCUUGCCAUGCCCUCCCUCCCGGUGCUAGGACACCCCGGGACCUCGGGCGUUUAUCACCCGUCCCCCAGCCCCCAACAGACAUGAAUCACCAUCAGACCGGAACAUGUGACCAGAACGUGUGGAGACCCACCCGGCUUCAUGCCCCAGGGGCUGCUGGGAUAGGGUGCAUAUGACAAGGAAGACGUACACAUACCCAUAUGGGGCGGGGGUGGGGCAGGGCAGGGGUGGAGAUGCGAGCGGAGGCAGGGGCAUAUUAGUGUCUAUGCACUUUUGCACACGGUGGCCAUCUGCCAGUUGUGUUUACGUCGACAGUGUACUAAUCCAUCACUCUCGAGCAUGAGCAUAAUGAUGUUACGACAUUUCGUUUCGUAACGUUUUUGUAUUCUUGAUGUCUGUGUGAGAUAAUGUCAUGUGACCGCCAUCGUGUGGUGAGUCUGUGUAAGUGCAGCAAAAAUAAAUGGAAUAUAUGUU